AUGGAGACCAAGGAAUCUCUGAACAAUUCCCAAGCGGCCGACAGUCAGGUCGAGGACGCUGACGGUCCGAUCCAGCAUGGAACCGCCAUCAUCUCCUACGACUCCAAUGGCCUGGGUGGCAUUGUGCGCUCGCCAUACGUGCUUGGAGCUGCCGCUCUGGCCUCGUUUGGCGGAUUUUCCUUUGGAUACGACCAGGGAGUCAUUUCCAUCAUCCUGGCUAUGGAACAGUUCCACAAGUACUUCCCCGAAACCGCCCCGGGACAUCCUGGCUACGGCUUCAACGUUGGUUUCAUGACGGGCAUGUUGGAGCUCGGAGCCUUUGUCGGAUGUCUCUUUCUUCCCUACCUGGCUGAUCGCAUCUCUCGAAAGUGGUCGCUGACUGUGGCUACCGGCUUCUUCUGCGUCGGUGCCAUCAUCCAAACCGCCGCCAACAACUACGCCGCUCUCGUGGCCGGUCGCACUAUUGGUGGCGUCGGUGUUGGAACCCUCGCCAUGGGAGCACCCUUGUACAUCUCUGAAAUCGCUCCCCCAAACCUGAGAGGAUCUCUUCUCGUGCUCGAGGCCAUCAGCAUCGUCAUUGGCGCCAUUAUCGCCUACUGGAUCACAUACGGCACAAGAGAGAUUGCUGGGGAAUGGGCAUUCCGUCUUCCAUUCCUUCUCCAGAUGGUCCCGGCGCUCUUGGUCGGUGGAGGAAUUCACUUCUUCCCCUACUCCCCGCGAUGGCUGGCAAUGAGAGGCCGUGAUGACGACAGCCUCCAGUCGCUCUCCAAGCUCCGCAGAGUGCCGCCCAAUGAUGAUCGUGUGCAGGCAGAGUGGAAGGGCAUUCUCUCUGAAGUUCGUUUCCAGGAGGAAAUUCUCCGACUGGAACACCCAACCGACAAUCGCUUCAAGGCCGAGUUGGCCCAGUGGGCUGACCUUUUCCGACCCAAGUAUCUCAAGCGCACUGCCAUCGCCCUGGGAAUUCCCUUCUUCCAGCAAUUCUCCGGCAUCAACGCCUUCGUAUACUAUGCCCCUACGUUCUUCGCUGCACUCGGUCAGUCGAGCGAAAUGGCACUGAUCUUAUCCGGAAUGGUCAACAUCUGCCAGCUCGUGGCCGGUAUUCCCACCUUUCUCUUCCUCGACCAGUUUGGCCGCCGCAAGUUGGCCAUUGGUGGAGGCAUCGCCAUGGCAAUUCCCCACUUGAUUAUGGCCGGAGUUGUGGCCAAAUUCCAGGGUAAAUGGGAUGAUAACCAGGCCAUGGGAUGGUUCGGUGUUGCCCUGAUCUAUAUUUACGUUCUUUGCUACGCUGUCUCAUAUGGCCCUCUUGCAUGGACUCUGCCCGCAGAAGUCUUCCCCAGCUCCAAGCGUGCAAAGGGUGUCGGUGCAGCCACUGCCAUGAUUUGGCUUGCCAACUUUAUCAUUGGUGUUGUAGUUCCUGAAAUGAUGAUCAAGCUCGGUUGGGGCACAUACCUGUUCUUUGGCGUCUUCUGUGUUGCUGCUGCCAUCUUCUCCUUCUUCUUGGUUCCUGAGACAUCGGGCAAGUCUCUAGAGCAGAUUUCGGAACUUUUUGGCGAUAACAACAUUGUGGCAGAGGAGGAGAUUCGUCGACGCAUUGAUCGGGAGAUUUGGACUGAUCCCAAGUACCAGGUUUCUGCUGUUGCUGCGCCUACUACGUCCAUGUAG